AGUUUGAGAAAAUGACUAACCAAUAUGAUUGUGUAGAGUGGACAGGAACUAGUGGAAAGAUAAUAAAAUGUUUCUAUAAAAUCUCAUUUAAUGUUUAUAGGUCUUUCAACUUCACAAACCAAUUCCUACGCCCAAUGUGAUGCGUGUCUAUUUGCAUCUUAAAAUGAAAUCAAAAUACAGUUCAAGACACUCAGUGGAUAUUAACUCCUACUUUUACUUUAUUUUUCUUACAAUUACUUAAUGGAGAAAGAUUGCUGAAAUGCAAGUUGAAUGUCUUCUACAAGUUCAGUUACCAUGGAAUGUUGGUGUCAUUGCUGAACAAGCUAAACGUCUUGAACAAGAUGCUUUAGAUACUGCACGUAGAAUAGCCGCUGAAGAAGCUCGUAGGGCAGCUCUAGAAAGAGCUCGUAUCAAAUCAGCCACAGACACAGCAACACGUAAAUCAACUGACAGAAUUCGCAAUGAAGAAACGGAAUUAAUCAUUGGUAAUGCAAUUAGCAUUAUGGAGAACACUGCGUUUAAAAAAUAUGAACAAGCAGAAAAAGCCAGAAAACGUGCAGAAGAAAAAGCCAGACGACGAGCUUUAGAAGAAGAUGAAGAAGGAGAAAGCCAAUCCGGUCGGGAGGAAGAAGAAGAUGAGGAAGACGAUGAUGAAGACGACUGACGUGAAUAGUUCAAUAAACUUGUCAUGGAAAUAAAAGAAGA